AUGUCAACUUGCAAUGGCACUGGCUUCAGACCCUCCUCUUUCAUGCUGGCAGGCAUCCCAGGGCUGGCAGCUGCCCAUGUCUGGUUUGCCGUUCCUUUCUUCUCCAUGUAUAUUGUCACCGUUGUAGCCAACUUCACCCUCUUGUUUAUCAUAAAGAUUGAGGAGAGCCUCCAUGAGCCCAUGUAUCUCUUCCUGGCUAUGUUGGCCAUCACUGACCUAUCUCUGGUGACCUCCAUAGUGCCGAGAAUGCUGGGAAUCUUCUGGUUCAAUGCCAGGGAGACUGGGGUCAACGCCUGCCUAACCCAGAUGUUCUUCAUCCCCUUCUUGUACGUGAUGGAAUCCGGGAUCCUGCUGGCCAUGGCUUUGGACCGAUUCAUCGCCAUCUGCUAUCCCUUGAGAUACAUUAUUAUCUUGGCAAACACAGCAUUAAUAAAGAUUGGCUUGGUCAUUGGAUUCAGAGCCACGGUGGUGCUCAUGCCAGCACCACUGCUGGUGAGAAAGCUGAUGUACUUCCGAACCGAGGUCAUCCCCUACUCCUAUUGUGCAUACAUGGCCGUGGUGCAGCUGGCCUGUGUGGACACAUCAGUCCAUGUUAUGUACGGGCUCUUUGUUAUCAUUGCUUCUGUUGGGGUUGACCUGUUCUUCAUUGCCCUGUCCUAUGUCCUGAUCCUCUGGGCUGUCUUCCGCUUGCCAUCCAAGGAGGCCCGGAGUAAGUCCCUGGGCACUUGUGGCUCACACAUGUGUGUUGUACUGCUUUUUUACUCCCCCGUGGUCUUCUCUUUUGUAGCCCAGAAGCUUGGGUUCAGCAUGGCCCCAAACAUCCAAAUAAUUGUGGACAACCUCUACUUCCUGCUGCCUCCCAUGCUCAACCCCUUGGUGUAUGGCGUGAGGACCUCGCAGCUCCGGAACAGGGUGGCUAAGAUGCUCCAUUGCACAAAGAUAUGA